CGGACCCCCGGCAAGCCGCGGGCCCGCCCGCCGCCGCGGAGCUCCCGGGGAGCGGGGCGGCCCGUCCCGGGCGGGGAUUUCGUCGGUCUCUGCCGGCGCCGCUGCGCCGGGACGGUCUGCGGUCUGCCGCCGUCCCGCUGCCCCGACGGUGCGCGGGGCGAUGAGACGCACGCCGGGCCAGCUGCGCACCCCCCCCCCCGCCGCACCGCCCGCGGGGGUUCCGGCUCGGCUAACGAGAGGGAAGCCCCUCCGCCGCACUCGGGCGGGGACCGGGCGCUAAUCCAGGCUGUGAGCACCGGCAGCGAGCGCUCGUUCCCCGGGGAACCAGCCCCGCCGGGACUCCGUUGGCUUGCACGGGACCGAUGGAAUAGGCUGGAAUUACCGUAGGCAUAUUACACAAGUGCUGUUAGUUACACGUCCUCUUCACCUCGCUGACUGUAUGUUCCCUGCUCCGACCAGACGCAGUUUAACAGCUGGAGGCUGUUGUACUGUCUACGAACUUACCUCUUCAUAUGAAGUGUUAGUCAGGAACACCUUUGCUAAGGAGUGAGAGAGAAAAAAAUGGAUGCAUUCAGAGCACCUGAAAAUGAGUCGCUGUUGUCCGGUUCCUCUGGUCCUGCCAGAUGGGAUCCCUUCCAUCGUCCCUUGGACUCCAUCCAGUCCUGGCACUUCAGGCUUCUGGCAGCAGUAAUGUUGGUGGUGACCUCCCUGUCACUUGCUGAGAACCUGGCCGUAAUCCUGGUAACUUUUAAAUUCAAACAAUUGAGACAACCUGUCAAUUAUGUUAUAGUGAAUUUGUCUGUGGCUGAUUUCCUGGUCUCACUGACUGGUGGCACCAUCAGCUUUUUAACGAAUCUGAAAGGUUAUUUUUAUAUGGGAUACUGGGCUUGUGUACUGGAAGGAUUUGCUGUCACAUUUUUUGGCAUUGUUGCUCUCUGGUCUCUUGCUCUGUUGGCUUUUGAGCGGUACAUUGUGAUCUGCCGCCCCAUGGGAAAUACACGUUUGAGGGGAAAGCAUGCAGUCCUGGGUAUUGCCUUUGUGUGGACCUUUUCCUUCAUUUGGACCAUUCCACCAACAAUGGGUUGGAGCAGUUAUACCACCAGUAAGAUUGGAACUACUUGUGAGCCUAAUUGGUACUCAGGAGCUUAUAUUGACAAUACAUACAUUAUUGCAUUCUUCAGCACCUGUUUUAUAGUGCCUUUAUCAGUGAUUCUGGUAUCCUAUGGAAAACUGAUGCAGAAGCUAAGAAAGGUGUCAGAUACGCAAGGCUGGCUGGGAACUACCAGGAAACCUGAAAGACAAGUGACUAGAAUGGUUGUUGUUAUGAUCGUCGCCUUUCUAAUCUGCUGGAUGCCAUACGCAGCCUUUUCUAUCCUAGUCACUGUAUACCCCUCCAUUGAGCUGGAUCCUUGUCUGGCAGCAAUUCCAGCUUUCUUUUCCAAAACAGCUACUGUUUAUAAUCCAAUUAUUUAUGUCUUUAUGAACAAACAGUUCAGGAAGUGUCUGAUUCAGAUGUUCAGCUGCAGCGCCAUAGAAACUGCAGAACCCAACAUGAACCUGACUUCAGAGAGAGCAAUCCUAACCCAGGACAAAAGAGGCAGUGAGAUGUCCACCAUGGCAGUACAUAGCACCAUUUCUAAGAGGAAAACUGGAGAUGAACACAGAAAUUGCCAGUCUUUUGCUCAGUUGGCAUCUUCAGAAAACAAAAUCUGUCACAUGUAGGGCGGGAGAUAUGAUCAUUAAUGCAGUGCUACACUAUAUUUCCUUGUUUCCAUCACUUAAUACAAAUAAAAUGUUGUCAGUGGGGACAUGA